UGAGCGCAGUUGCUUUCCUCUCACUCUGAGAGGCAACUGCACUUUUUCUUUUCCUUUUCUGUUUUUUUUUUUUAGUUUGUCUUCCCUUUUCUGUGCUGGACAUCAUCAGGAGUCACUGAAGAUUGACUUUCCCUUCCCUCACCGUUACUUUGGGACCUCUCUCACACUCCUGUGUUGUUAUUUUUGUGCCUGGGAAGUACCAUGCCGGUGGUUGGCGUAGCCUCCAAGCUCAGGCAACCCUCGGCGGUGGGCGCCAAGCCAGUGCAUACCGCUCUCCCCAUCCCGAACGCAGUCAGGGCGGCCACCUCGCAGGGCUACAUGGCCCGGCAGCAGGAGCUCAGGGCAGGUGAAGGGACCCCGGGGCUGUCCUGCCAGCUAUCAAUGAAAUCAGAGUACCAGCGGGAGAGGACGCCUGAAGGGAAGUCCAGAGCAGAGACGGAGGAGAGCAAGAUCUGCAAGAUCUACACAGACUGGGCCAAUCACUACCUGGCCAAAUCUGGCUGCCAGCGUCUCAUCAAGGACCUGAGCCAGGACGUCACUGAUGGAGUCCUGCUGGCACAGAUCAUCCAGAUCAUAGCGAAUGAGAAGGUGGAGGAUAUCAAUGGCAGCCCCAGGAGCCAGUCGCAAAUGAUCGAGAAUGUGGACGCCUGCCUUAGCUUCCUGGACGCCAGAGGAGUGAAUGUACAAGGGCUCUCAGCAGAAGAAAUCAGGAAUGGCAACCUGAAGAGCAUCCUGGGCCUCUUCUUCAUCCUGUCGCGCUACAAACAGCAGCAGCAGCAACAGCAGCAGUACUACCAGUCCCUGGUGGAGCUCAGCCAGCAGACCAGCAGCACCGCAUCCUCUGCCAGCAGCCUCAAAACGCAAGACAUGCAGUCCAGUCUCACAGCACGAUAUGCAAGUCCUCCGGGCCACAGUGGAAUAGGGUCGCCGCAGAAGAAAAACACAAGGUUACCAGGCCCCUCCAGAGUCCCUGCUGCAGGCAGCGGGGCUUCCAGGAGCCCAGGUUCUUCCAACCUCAACCGUCGCAGCCAGAGCUUCAACAGCAUCGACAAGAGCAAGCCUCUCCAGUAUGCCAGCGGCAACGACAGAGAAUCGGUGAGGGGUAUCCCAGCACCCAGCGGGAUGAACGGGAGCAGUAUUGGUGGGACAGUUCCCACCAGCCUCAGCGGGCAGCAGCUGGCCUCUGCCAUCCCGUCACCCACCGCCGGCAAGUCCUGGCGAAGCAAGUCCAUGAACCUCAAGCACAGCGCAACGUCGUCCAUGCUGGCGAGCCCCACGCAUUCACCAUCCCCCACCCACUCGCCCCAGGGCUCCGAAGGCCUCCUGCCACACGGAGGGGAUGGGUCAAAACUAGGAGCUGGUGGCGGUGGACCCCAAAGGUCCAUGCUGGAGAAGUUCCGUUUAAUUAACCCUAGAUCGGCUUCACAUGCGUCUCCAUCUGUGGCGGAGAUGGCUCUGCAGGAGGAAGAUGAUCUGUCAGAGUAUGGCGAGGAUGGAUUGACCCCCACGGGGUCUGUGUGCAGCAGCGGUAGUAGCAGUGCUACGACCAAACAGAUGCCGACAAAGACCCCUGCAUCGUCUCUCACUGCAUCAAACAAAACUUCUUCUUCUCCUUCUCCUUCACUUUCUAAAGCAUCUGCUAACAGGUCUAUUGCCCCGUCCAAAGACAAGGAGGACAAAAGCAAGAUUGGGAAAUCUAAGGACAACACUCCACCCAAAGAAGAGCGCGAGUCAUUCGUUGACCCCACCAAGAAGACUUCCAAAAUUGCCAGUCUCAUCCCCAAAGGAGGGAAGCCUUCAUCAGGAAAGAAAGAUGGCAGCGGCAUUCCUAAACCAGGACUAAAGGCUCCCUCCACCACCACGCCCAAGGGUCAGUCGCAGAGCCAGAGUCAGUCAGCCUUAAACAGCAGCGGGAACAUGAGGUCCGGAGAUGGCGAGAAGGCUAAGCUGACGAAAGGAGGGCAAAGCGGGAGUUUCUACAUUCAGCGCUCUGCUGGGGCUACAGAGGGCAAAAGGACCAGCAUGACCUCCUCCACCAGCACCUCGGCCCUGUCUGGGUCCAGUGGGGUGCUGGGAGGAGGGGGUGGAGGAGGAGGAGGAGCAGCGCUUGGAGGUAAUGGAGUGGUUCAGCUUCCUCAGCAGCAGCAGCACAACCAUCCCAAUACUGCCACGGUGGCCCCCUUCAUGUACAGGACAUUCUCAGAAAACGACUGCACCAUGGUGGCCCCAGCCGACCCCUGCCUCAGCCCCACCAAGGGAGAGCUGGUCUACAGCAAGACAGCCAAACAGUGCCUGGAGGAGAUAUCAGGAGAGGAUCCAGAGACAAGACGCAUGAGGACGGUGAAGAACAUCGCUGACCUGCGGCAGAAUCUGGAAGAAACCAUGUCCAGUCUGCGGGGGACACAGAUCAGCCACAGUACACUAGAAACAACCUUUGACACCACGGUAACCACUGAGGUCAACGGGCGUGGCCUUCCAGCCCUCACCACACGGUCCUCCCCCAUGGCCUGGCGCCUGGGCCAAUCACAAACCCCACGUCUCCAGGCAGGCGACGCCCCCUCAAUGCCCAGCAGCUAUGCUGCACCCAGGGGGAGCUCAACGAGUGCCGGCACCACUACCGGGCGCUACAGCGGGCACUCAGACCCCUCCAGGUUUGUGUUCAGCGCCCCCCUGAGGCGAGCAGCAGCAGCAGGGGCGAGGGGGAUGGAGCAUGGGGAGAAGGGAGGAGGAGGGCUGGAAGGAGGGAAGCAGAUGGAGGUGGCAGGGUACAUGAGUGAUGGGGAGAUCCUGGGGAAAAACGGCCGGAUGGAUGAGAUCACCAGCGGAUACCUUACGGACGGCGGCCUCCAUCUGUAUGCAAGGAAUGCAGGCCGAGCCUCUGACACGGCUUCUUCUCGAGAAAUAUCCCAAAGAGGGAGCAAAGAGGUGCAAGGCGACAUAGACAGUUGGGACGACAGCAGCUCGGUAAGCAGUGGCCUCAGUGACACGUUGGACAACAUCAGCACUGAUGACCUGAACACACCCGCCUACUCAGCUGUCAGCUCAUCACGCAAAAACAAAGGAGCACAGUCACAAAGAAGCAGCAGGUCCAAGCAUGCCGGCCAGGAGGUGAGCAGCAGCUGGGCCGGAGCCGAGGAUCUAAAAAAGGUUGAGGAGGAGCUGGACACAAGCAUGGACCCCAACAGCAGCCCGUCUCGAUGGAAGCCUACCUCAUCCUCCUCCUCCCCCUCUCAAGCCCAGGGCCAGUAUGAGGAUGCAGGCCAGAAGGCCGCCGCGCUGGCCCAGAUGUCCCAAACGGGCUCGUGGAGAAGGGGUAUGACAGCCCAGGUGGGCAUAACACCACCGAGGACCAAGGGUGCAUCUGCUGCUCUCAAAACUCCAGGCAAAACUGAUGAUGCUAAGGCCUCAGAGAAGGGCAAAGCACCUUCCAAGAGUUCAGCUGGCAUCCAGCGCUCCCCCUCCGAUGCUGGGAAGAGUAGUGGAGACGAAGGUAAGAAACCUCCCUCUGGAAUUGGACGCCCACCAACCACCGGGUCUUUUGGAUACAAGAAGAUCCCUGGUGCUGCUGGUACCUUAAUCACAUCCAGUGGUGCAACGCUCGCCAGCGGCUCAGCCACUUUAGGCAAGGCACCUAAAUCCUCAGCAGCCCUCGGCAAAGGCACAGGCAUCGGUGGUGUGCGUAAGACCAGUCUGGAUGGCUCACAGCCUCAGGAUGACGGUAUCCUCCUCAGCUGCGGCAGCUCCAAAGUCACCCUGCAGUACCGCUCUCUACCCAGACCUGCCAAAUCCUCCAGUGGGGUGGCAGCCGGGCGCAGUGGGCAUCGCUCCAGCUCCAGCAGCAUCGACUCGAACGUCAGUGGCAAGUCAGCAGGAGGGGCGGCGACUCAAGCAGGCGCCAAACGCAGGGAUGGAAAAGUUGGCUCAGACCGCUCCAGUCCCAUCACCAUUAACCAGACGGACAAAGAGAAAGUGGCGGGGUCAGACCAGGACACAGCAGCGGGGCUGUCCACAUCGCCAAAGUCCAGCCCAACCUCCAGUUCAGCGGGCCAGUCAGGUCUCAGGCAGCCAGGCUCCAAAUACCCUGAUAUUGCUUCUCCAACUUUCCGCAGAUUGUUUGGUACCAAAGCCAGCAGCAAGGCCAGCUCUCCGGGCACGCCCGACUCUGGCAAGUGCCCCUCAGUACUGGGCAGCCCCCACGGCACGCUGGCGAGACAGGCCAGCCUGGACUCGCCCUCCUCCGGCACAGGGAGCCUGGGCAGCACUGGCGGCAUGAGUGGUGGCAGUAGCCCCCUGUACGGUAAAACCCCAGACCUGUGCACUGACUCCCCGGCCUCCAGCCCGGCCUCUGGCCUCUCCCUGCCCUCCAACGCUCGGCCCUGGCCUGCCUGUAGCUCGUCAGCCGGCAGCAAGGACACACUGAGCUGCCAGAGCAUGACCAGUCUGCACACGAGCUCUGAGUCCAUUGAUCUGCCGCUGGGCCACCACGGGCCCAAGGUUACACGAACCGGCAGUGUCAAGUCCACCCUGUCAGAGGGCAUGCCUCUCGACAGAAACACGCUCCCCAAAAAGGGACUGAGGUACCCUCCCUCCUCCAGGCAGACAUCCCACGAGGAGGGGAAGGAGUGGUUACGGUCCCAUUCAACAGGGGGGCUUCAGGACACAGGCAGCCAGUCCCCGCUGUCUCCUCCAGGAGCUGCAUGCACCACUACUGGGAAAUACCACUACUCCAACCUGCUAAGCCCCACCAACAUCAGCCAGUACAACCUGCCACCAGGCAGCACCAGCAUGAGCCGUUCCAACAGCAUCCCUGCCCAGGACUCCUUCGACUUGUACGGAGAGGAUCACCCACUGGGUGGCAGCGCUACCUCCCUGGAGGAGCGACCGCGGGCCAUCAGUCGCUCCGGUUCCUUCAGAGACAGCACUGAUGAAGUCCAUGGAUCCUCAUUGUCUCUAGUCUCCAGCACGUCUUCACUUUACUCUGCGACGGAGGAAAAGGCCCACUCAGAGGGCCAAACAGUCCUAAAUUCCACGCAAAUCAGAAAGCUGCGUCGGGAGCUGGACGCGUCUCAGGAGAAGGUGGCGACCCUCACAUCUCAACUGGCUGCCAAUGCUCACCUGGUGGCAGCCUUCGAGAAGAGCCUGAGUAACAUGACCUGUCGCCUGCAAAGCCUCACCAUGACCGCCGAACAAAAGGAGUCUGAGUUGGCUGAGUUGAGGGAAACGAUAGAGAUGCUGAAGACCCAGAACACAGACGCACAGACAGCCAUCCAGGUGGCGCUCAAUGGCCCCGACCACCUACACAAAGACCUGCGUAUCAGACGGCAGCACUCAUCAGAAAGUAUGUCCAGUAUCAACAGCGCUGCCAGUCACUCCAGUAUGGGCAGUAUGGGAAAGGAUGCUGAAGACAAGAAGAAGAAGAAAAAGAGCUGGGUGGCUGACUCCAUCCCAGCUCAGUUACGCAGCUCCUUCAAACAGGCGUUCAGCAAGAAGAAAACCAAAUCCCAGUCGGCUCAUGAUGAGAUGGACGAGAUGACUGAUUCGCUGCCGUCCUCGCCCAAACUGCAGCAUGACAACCGGCAAGGCAGCCUCGCAACGCUGCGCUCCUCCCCCUCCACCACAGAGCUUUGCGAAUGCACAGAAGCUGAGGCUGAAAUCAUCCUCCAGCUGAAGAACGAGCUGAGGGAGAAGGAGCUCAAGUUGACAGACAUCCGUCUGGAGGCGCUUAGCUCCGCCCACCACCUGGACCAGAUCAGAGAGGCCAUGAACCGCAUGCAGAAUGAAAUCGAGACGCUGAAAGCAGAGAACGACCGUCUCAAGUCCAGUGGGAACGCCACGCCGACGGCCACGCCUGUGAAGACAGCCAGGCCGCCCUCCGAGACCUCCAGCACAUCCUCGUCCUCCUCACGCCAGUCCCUUGGGCUUUCGCUCAAUAACCUCAACAUCACAGACACCAUCAUGUCAGACAUUCUGCUGGAUGAUGGUUACGAGGGAAAUCUACGCAAGGAGGGACGGAGCGUUCGGAUUGUGGUCACCAUCAGCAGAGGGCCAAAGACCAAGACCAAGGCAACACAAAGCCAGGAGUACCUCAUUGGCUCUAUAGGUGUGAGUGGGAAAACAAAGUGGGAUGUACUGGAUGGAGUCAUCCGACGCCUCUUCAAGGAGUACGUGUUUCGAGUGGAUCCUCUGACCAGCCUUGGCCUCAGCUCAGACAGCAUUGUCUGCUACAGGAUGGGCGAGGUGGUUCGCUCCCACACUUCUGAAGUGCCUGAGCUGCUUCCCUGCGGCUACCUGGUGGGCGACAACAACGUCAUCAAGGUCAACCUCAAAGGUGUGAAGGAGAACAGCAUCGACAGUCUGGUGUUCGACACGCUGAUCCCCAAACCUAUAAUCCAGCGGUACCUCAACCUGUUGAUGGAGCAUCGAAGAAUCAUCCUCUCAGGACCCAGCGGCACCGGCAAAUCCUUCCUGGCUGCCAAGCUGGCUGAGUACAUUAUUUCUCAGAUGGGGCAGGAGGUGACAGAGCACAACGUGGCCAGCUUCAAUGUGGACCAGAACUCCAGCAAGGACCUGCGUCAGUACCUGUCCACCCUGGCAGAGCAGUGUAACUCUGAGGAGACGGACACAGAGCUCCCCACUGUGGUCAUCCUGGACAACCUGCAUCACAUCGGCUCUCUCAGUGACAUAUUCAACGGCUUCCUGAACUGCAAGUACCACAAAUGCCCUUAUGUUAUUGGGACCAUGAACCAGGGAGUUUCUUCCUCUCCGAACCUCGAGCUCCACCACAACUUCAGAUGGGUUCUGUGCACCAACCAUACUGAGCCGGUCAAAGGUUUCCUGGGCCGUUUCCUGCGGCGAAAGCUGAUAGAGACAGAGAUCAAUAAGAACAUGCGCAGCAAUGACCUGAUUAAGAUCAUCGACUGGAUCCCAAAGACCUGGCAGCACCUCAACGGCUUUCUGGAGGCACACAGCUCCUCUGAUGUCACAAUAGGCCCCCGUCUCUUCCUGUCCUGUCCCAUGGAUGUAGAAGGCUCUCGGGUUUGGUUCACCGACCUGUGGAACUAUUCACUUGUGCCCUACCUGCUGGAGGCUGUCAGGGAGGGGCUUCAGCUGUAUGGCAAAAGAGCAGCAUGGGAGGAUCCAUCCAAGUGGGUGAACGACACGUAUCCAUGGAACGCUGCCGCACUGCAGCAGGAGGGCCAGUCACUGCUCCAACUACGGCCGGAGGAUGUCGGAUACGAUGGCUUCAGCUCAUCCAAGGAGGGAGCCUCAUCUAAGCAGGUUUCUCAGAGCGACACAGAAGGAGACCCACUGAUGAACAUGCUGCUGCGGCUGCAGGAGGCAGCUAACUACUCGAGCACUCAGAGCUGUGACAGCGACAGCACCAGUCACCAUGAUGACCAGCUGGACUCCUCGCUUGAGUCUGCACUAUGAGACACCUGGGAACUUUUGAAUCUAUUUCAUGACCAGACACCCCCUAAAAAUGCACAGAUGUAUGAUAUAUGAAAAGUUUUAUUAUCCAGAAUGGUAUACUUCCUUUUUGACAGGAAAGACUUGUCUUUACUUGGCUAAGGUGCAAUGUUUAAUCUGAUUAUCGUCUUUAAAGAGAUGUGGCUAACCUGGGAAUUGGCCAUCAAAAUGAGAAACAAUCAAAAAGGUUGGCUCUGAUUUGUUUUCAAUGGAUGUGUAACAUUUCAAAAUACAACUUUUCAUAUAUUCAGUGCAGAUGGGAUGUGUCUGAUCAGGGACAGAACUUCCUCUUAGGAGUAAAUCAAGCCGCUCCUUCAAAGUUUAACUUUAGGUCUCCAAAGUGUUCAGAAAAAAAGAAAGCCAAGAGUUUGUCUUUACAAAACUGGAUUUUUCUCUUUUUUUUUUUUUUUUUUUUUUUUUUUUAAAAUCCCAGAUAUAUCCUCAGAUGUUUACAGUGGGGGGUGGGGUUUGGGUUCUGUUGUUUAUGUCUUUCCUUGUUUACAGAGGUGCUUCUCACACAGACACAUACACCCACACACAUGCACUUAAACACAGGCAGCAGGGCGAUGCUAGCCUUUAAUCAGCCCCCAUGUGACCACAUUCCAGCCUGCUGACGUGUUCUUGGUCAAGGUGCUUUUUGUACCACUGUAGGACCCUAAAACAGAGCUGGGCACAGGGCAUACUUUUUUCUCCAAAUCAAUUUUUUACAAUUCAGCUUCCGUUUAUGUCUUUUCAAAGUAAGAGCAUACCACCCCCUGUACUUUCAAGCCAAAUUUCCUGGGCGUUUUUAUUGCGAAAGGCUGCUUCACCACCAGAAAGUACUAAUAUUACUAUAUUUGUGGAUUUGAAGCAGUCAGGGGUCUAUGGAUUUGGAUCGUGGGAAAAUGAUCAAGAUCAAAAGAAUCAGAACUUUUUUUGCGAAGUUAGGAUUGAGACCUGUGCAUGGCAGUGAAGUUCAUAAUCUUGGCAACGACAAGAAAACACCCAGGAGUGAACCAUCAGACUUAAAGGGUUAACUUUCUUUAAUGUUUAGAACUGACAGAUUAACUGAUACAUUUUUGAUCAACUGUGCCCAUCUCUGAUUUGGGUAUUUUUUUAAGAGAUUGAGCUCCCUCUAGUGGUCUAAGUGGAGGCUCUCAGUGGUAUGAAAGUAUAAUUUCUUCAAAAACAAAUAAAUUAUAAGUUAAAUUAAAUAGAUUUGUGUGCAUUCAGUGCUGCAAAAGCAAACAGUCAAUGGUUAAAAUAAACCGGCUUCAUACUUUAAAGUGAAACUUCUUCAGUGUUUACCAUAUUAUCACCAUAUUUAGGUGAUCUUUGCCUUUCUUUAAGCAUAGAGACAGUUCUGCUCUUCCCUAAUGGUGACAGAUGUAAUGAAAUCAGCUAACACUAUUAGAAUGACUUUUAGUAAAACAACCUUAAUGGCUCACAACCCUGCUCCUCAGUGGUCAGCUGAGCCUCGUGGUGCUGGUCUCUCCCGCCCUGAACCUCCUCAGUGUCAGGCACUGCCAAGCCGCUCCUCGCUGCCCUGCGUGCCAAGAACAAGCACAACGAAAGCGCAUUGUCUGUGUGUUGUCCGGCAACGUUGCUACUGUAAAGAAAGAGAGAGGACAAGUGCCAACUUUUUUCUUUGAUUUACUGCCAAAUCCACUAACAAACUCACACCCAGAGACUUCAUGUCAAAAUUCACAGUGGACCGUGGUUAACUUGUUCUUGGCCUUCCACAGCCCGUGGUCACUCUUAAAUUGAGAAUGCACAGGCAUGAGGCGACCUCUGUGGGUCAUCAAAGAAGAGUUUCAAAUGACUGUUAGCUAAAGCUCUCCCUUUGACAACCAGUAUUUAAAGCCUGUCAAGCUUUGAAUUCCUCCACAUGUUAAAGUAGUGUGCUGGAAUGGAGCUCCAUAAACACAAAUUAUUCAGAAGUUUUAAAUGUGGAGUCUUCCUUUAAGUCUCUUCAAGUCAAAACACAAGAGCAAAGAUGUUGGAAUUAGGUUAAAUUGAAUGUGCUAACUAGCUCAGCCUACAGUAGUUACCAGAACUCAGUAUUACCCCAGAUAAAGCCUAUAAAAUACCAGCACUAAGUUGCACCAGUUAUGCUUGGGAAGUAUGCUUACCCCAUAAUACACUAUACUAGUUGAGAUACACCUUGCAUCCUUGUGGUGUUAACAAACAAAGCUUUAUCAGCUAAUGAGAAUACUGAAUGUCAGAAACAUGGAGCUUUAGCCUAACCCUUUUAUCAAACAGCCUUCAAGUGCAUAUAAAAGACUACUUUACAAGACUAAUGGUUGAAAAUCAGAAAUAUAACAUGAAAAAGUUAGCAAGACAUAGCAUUGUUAACCAUGAAGAUAAUGGAAACAUACAGCUGUCAAAACAAAACGGGGGUCUGGCUAUAGACUGAACAUCUGAGACUCCAUGUAUCUCAGAAAGAAAGUGUCAUAAUUAGCUAGUACAAUGUAUUUCCACUCUUAGAUUUAAAAAAAAAAACUUUCAUUAACAGAGACUGGCAUUUACACUGAUGAAGUAACCUCAAAGAUUGAUUGGUGGACAUUGCAAAAAUUACAGACCAAGAAACAUUUGGUUGAAAAAAAUAAUGAAAAAUUAAAAAAAACAGGAAAAAGGUCAGAGGUCCAGUUAUGUAAAGACCUGUUUUAGAAGUGUUUACAUUGAUGGUGGCUCGCUUAAGCUGUGUUAGCUUUAGCUAAAGCUAACAUAGCUACACUAGCUAUGCAAUUAAUGUUACUGCAUAAGCCAGUGUAGCUAAGUAAGCUUAAGCAAAUGUAGCUAAAGAUAACAAAGACACUAAAAAAUUUACCUACAUCACUUACAUGGCUGCUUUGAGACUUUAGUUUUAGCUGUGGCUCCUUUAUUGAUAGGCAAGUUAUCUUUAGCAACCUGAGCUUUGGCAAAUGUAGCUAAAGCUAACUCAGCUACACAGAUAACAUACCUACGUAGCAGCUUUGUUAACUUAGCUUCAGCUACUUUAGCUCCAUAAAUCCUUUAUCUAUAGCUUCGUUAGCUUUAGUCAUUUAAUCCUUAGCAAACUUAGAGAAAGCUAACUUUGCUACCAUAGUAAUGUACCUACAUAGCAUACUUUGAUGCUUUGUGAGCUUAUCUUUAGCUAUGUUAGUCGCAUAGCUCCAUUAGCUAUAGCUUAGCUAGAUUUAGCAACUUGAGCUUUAGCAAAUGUAGUUGAAGCUAACAUAGCUACUUAAAUAAUGUACCCACAUAACUAGCUGCUUUGUGAGCUUAGCUUUAGGUAUGUUAGCUAUAUAGCUCCGUUAUCUCUAGCUAAGUAAGCUUUAGCAACCUGAGCUUUAGCAAACGUAGCCAAAGCUUGCAUAGCUACUUAGAUAGCACACCUACAUAGUUUGCAUAGCUGCUUUGUGAGCUUAGCUUUAGUUAUGUAGCUCAGUUACCUAUAGAUAAGUUAGCUUCAGCAACAUGAGCUUUAGCAUAUGCAGAUAAUGUAGACACAAAGCUUACGUAACUGCUUUGUGAGCUAAGCUAUGGCUAUGUUAGCUACAUUAGCCUUGCAGCUCUGUUAUCUAUAGCUAAGGUAGCUUUAGCUAUAUACCCUUGUGUAAAUGUAGCUAAAGUUAAUGGAGCUACGUAAGCUUUGCUGGCUGCGUUAGUAUGUUUUAAUUGGAGGAAGAGUUUUUCCUGUAGGCAGACUGUUUACGUGGCUUUAUUAAAAGUUUUGUUUUCAGGUUUAUAUGUAAGGAUUUUGGCUUUUAACUUAAGGUAUGCUGUUGGUUACCUUAACACUUAUCCAAAACCUAAACAGAAGUUUAAUUUUAUUUUGAAAGUUUUAGCAUGUAUGUUUUUUCUGAGAGCAGCAUCUCAGAUGAAUCUCAGAUCUUGUAUUUAUCCUCUGUCUAACACCAAUGGCUAUAUUUCUCAAAAGUUAAAACAGAACUGAGCCACAAAACACUUCUGUUUCUGUUAUAAACUUGUGUGAGAAUGGAAAGCUUGACAGACGUCGCCAAAGUUACCUAAAGGAUCAUGGCUAACAGUCAUUUAGAAAUGAAACCUGUGAAGUCUGUGGAUAACGGCAAAAAAUGGCAGUCAACGGAAGACAGACUUUGUGUGAUAUGGAUAUGAUACUGAGAUAUUACAGUAUUCGAUCAGCAAACAAAACAUCAGUAAUAUUGACCUGAAGGAUGCAAGCUGAUAGCCUCCUAUGUGGAAAUUUCCAGUACACAAGAUUGUCUCGCUAAGCAGCUGCAUCCAUGAGAUCCUUGUUGUACCAAAAGAAAUCCAAAGUAUUUCCAAAUGCAAGAUCAGCACAAGAGCUGAUAAAGGAACAAUGAUUCUGGUGCUUUUCUCACUGCCUUAAAUGUGCAAAGAUUUGGGAUAUGCUCCCAUUGGCUAUAGUGAGAAAUAGAGAUGUGAUGUCGGAUGAGGAUUAUCUGCUUCCUGCUACAUCAAAGAAGCUGAUUGUAGUUUUAAAAAAAGCCUCUUUUUAUUUGUUGAUUUCUCUUCCUCCAAGCUGUUCUUUUCUUGUUUCUGACAUUUAAAGUAUAAAAGAGUCAAUGCUGUAUUUGAAUUAUAACUGACCAAUAUUGUAAAAACAUUUAAAAAAAGGUGGGGUGUUUUUUAAGUUGUUUUUUUCGCCCAGUUGAGCUGGGCUCACUUGAACUGACAGGAGCACAACCAAAUUGUUUUUGGGUUUUUCUAGCCUGAUGAGCAUGUUUUGAAGCUUUUUAAUGGGGAUGCAUUGAGAAGAGACCUUUAUGUAUGCGUGUAUCGGACGGAAGCCAUUUUGAAUUUUGAUUGUCCUCUCUUUGUUUAACAAGUGGGUUGGUUUUGCACACUUUGAGGUCGGGGUGGGUUGUAUAUACUUAAGUCUUGCACAGUGAAUCAAAGAUGCAUUCUGCCCUGUUGAUGUUACAAUAUGCUUAACCCGCUGAGUAAACUAUUGUACAGAGAGAACAGAGAGAAAAAAAAAAAAGAAAUGCAAAAACCCAACACGCUGUCAGAAGCAGGUGUGUGUCUUGUGGUGGUUGGAUGUUUUGCCUAUGCAGGAGGCACACGGUGUACAGUAUGAAACUGUUUUUAACUCACAAAAUCACAGCCUGAGAACACAUAAUAGGCACCAACACUGGCAACAUAAUAACAGCCCACAAACCCAAUACAGAUCUGCAGCUUUCAAUGCAAUAAUCCUACAAAUACUAUGAAUUUCCUUCAAGCGUAAUAGCAGUUUCCUUCUGCAAAUGCAAUGGGUGAUUGCUACAUUUGUAGGAAGGGAAAAUCAUCAGCUAUCUAACUUGUUGAACUUCCACAAGUGCAAUAUAAAAACAAAAAAAACUGGGGGCUAUUAAAUGAAAGUUAUUAAAACUAGAGUGCAAUUUGUAAGAUGUGUGCAGGAAAUAUAAUUAAAAGGUGUGCAGAUUGCUAAGUUACACGCCUGUUUCACAAAUUGAGAGUUGCAUAACAAAGAAGAGGUUUUUGAAUUGUAAGCUAUAUCUAGGUUUUCUCACACAGAGAAAGCAGCUAAACAUGCCUAGAAAAAGUGUAAUUUCUGUCAUAAUAACCAGGGAUUGCUUGGUGUCAUUGAGUCAUUUUGUACAUGCAGUCCUGCAUGUUUCUUAACGCAGUUGUUCCCAAACAUUUUUUUUCCUUUGACCCUGCCUAUGUGUACCUAUGAGAAAUUAAGCCCCCCAAGGACACACACGAAAAAAAGUAAUACAUAGCUGCAAAGUUUUACAUCAAUUUUAAACUUUUUUAAAUAAUCUGAAUCCAAAUAAAUAGCCCUAAAAACACAUUUUCUUACCCAAAGACAUUUGUAUAAUUUUUCCAUUUGUUUUUAAUCAUGAUUUAAGUUAGUUUUUGAAAUUUAAUUUUAACAACCUCAGAGAAGCAGUCCCCCUUAAAGCUCUGAAAUAAGAAAUAUGGUUUAGCAGUGCAGCACUAAUUUAUAUAGUAAACCAAGAAAAGCUCAUAGAAUAAAUCUCUCUGUAUACAAUCCAUUCCCAAAACAACACAGGCAGGAAUCACUUCCCAUUUUUAGGUUCUGUUUAAAAAAUUGAAUUGUGAAAGACAAAUUAUUACAAUUUUAGAUGUCAUUAAAACUGCAUUGAUCACCAUUAACUACUGAAAUGCAGAGAUUUAUCAGGUUUAUGUUUAAGUGUUUAAUAACCCUCUAGAAAAUACAGUAUAUCUUUAGGUUUUGUCUAGAUUCUCUUUCAGUUAGAAAAAACAAAUCCCUGCAAAUGUUAAAUCUGUUACACCCAUUAAAAGUGAUUUAUGCAUUAGUAGCAGGCAUCUACUAUAAUGCUUGUGGUAAAUUUAUAAUGUUUAUGGUAGUCUGACAUUAAAAGCUGCAGAGUUUCUUAUACAUUUGUGGGUUGUAUUACAUUGUCAGGCGUUACAGGCACUUUUCCACUAUAUUCCCCAUCUUCUCCCCGUCUUUAGGAAUGCCUGUUGUUCCUCCAAAGCACUUCCUCUCUGGACGUUUCAACCCAAGCUUGCCGCCACGUUAAGGCUUGCUGGCUGUCCGAGGCACUGAAGCUGACCUGACACCGUACUGUAUACAUUCACCAACAACCAACAGGUGCUACUGGUCAGUAAAAGCCCAUCAGAGACCAAGACGUCACGCUCAACCUCAGGACAAUCCUAUUCAAUACAAUCCUACCUUUGUUCAGCUUCUCACGUGUCUCUGCAGUCAAGCCUCGCUUUUACCUGUCUACCCUCGCCGGCCUUAUGUCUGCAAGGGUAGGCAGUAGCAGGAAAUAAGGAGGUAGUAAUUGUGGUUACGGCUUAGAUAUCUGAUAUUUCAACAACUCUCAAAGGCGCAUGAGUUCUCAAGCUCGCAGAGCGUUAACACCGUUAACAGUGUACACCAUAGUCUUGGUAUUUUUCCCACAUAACACUUUGCAAUUAAAUCUCAGUUAAAAACCAUAGCAUUUACUCUGGGUUAAGAUUUUUUUCUUUUUGGGUGAAACAUUUGUCCUUAAAUGUUUUAUAUUUUGUACAUUUGUAUGUAACAUAUCAUGUAAAUAGACAGAGACAGUGAUUUAACUCAUCUGGAGGAUUUUGUAGUCUUUGUAAAGCCCUAAUAAAUGGUAUUUGGUGUCAC